GCGGCAGCCGCCGCCUCCGCCACCAUGGAUGAACAGGAGGCAUUGAAUUCAAUCAUGAAAGAUCUGGUGGCUCUCCAGAUGGGCCGACGUCACAGACUGCCUGGCUUUGAGACCAUGAAGAACAAAGAUACUGGCCACCCAAGUAGACAGAAAAAACAUAACAGCAGCAGCUCAGCCCUCUUGAACAGCCCCACAAUAACAACGAGCCCAUGUGCUGGGGCCAGUGAAGAAAAGAAAAUUUCGAGUGAUGUAAGGAUCAAAUUUGAACACAGUGGGGAAAGGCGAAUCAUACCAUUUAGCCGCCCUGUGAGAUAUGAAGAUGUGGAACAGAAGGUGAAGACAGCAUUUGGGCAACCCCUAGUUCUCCAUUAUAUGAACAAUGAGCUUUCCAUCCUGCUGAAAAAUCAAGAUGAUCUUGAUAAAGCAAUUGACCUUUUGGAUAGAAGCUCAAGUAUGAAAAGUCUUAGAAUAUUGCUGCUGUCCCAGGAUAGAAAUCAUACCAUUUCCUCUCCCCAUCUUGGAGUCCCCAAGCAGGUCCGGAUCAAAGCUUCUCAGUCUAUGGGGGAUGUAAAUACCAUCUAUCAGCCGCCAGAACCCAGAAGCAGACAUCUCUCUGUCAGCUCCCAGAACCCUGGCCGAAGCUCACCUCCUCCAGGUUAUGUGCCAGAGCGUCAGCAACGCAUCGCACGGCAGGGAUCUUACACCAGUAUUAACAGUGAAGGGGAAUUUAUUCCUGAAACCAGUGAACAGUGUAUGCUGGAUCCCCUGAGCAGUGCCGAGAACUCUGUGUCAGGAAGUUGCCAGUCCUUGGACAGGUCAGCAGAUAGCCCAUCUUUCCGGAAAUCACGGAUGUCUAGAGCCCAGAGUUUCCCAGAUAACAGACAAGAAUAUUCAGAUCGUGACACCCAGCUAUAUGACAAAGGGGUGAAAGGUGGAACAUAUCCCCGUCGUUAUCAUGUCUCUGUUCAUCACAAAGACUACAAUGAUGGCCGGAGAACAUUUCCUCGAAUAAGGCGUCAUCAAGGGAACCUGUUCACAUUGGUCCCCUCUAGCCGCUCUCUGAGCACCAAUGGAGAGAACCUGGGCCUGGCAGUGCAAUACUUGGACCCCCGAGGGCGGCUAUGGAGUGCGGACAGUGAGAAUGCCCUCACUGUUCAGGAGAGGACUGUGCCAACCAAGUCUCCAAGUGCUCCCAUAAACUGGCGUCGGGGGAAACUCCUGGGUCAAGGUGCCUUUGGCCGAGUAUAUCUUUGCUACGAUGUGGAUACUGGACGGGAACUUGCUUCUAAGCAGGUCCAGUUUGACCCAGACAGUCCUGAAACAAGCAAGGAGGUAAGUGCCCUAGAGUGCGAAAUCCAGUUGUUGAAGAACCUGCAGCAUGAUCGCAUCGUGCAGUACUACGGCUGUCUCCGUGAUCGCUCCGAGAAGACCCUGACCAUCUUCAUGGAGUACAUGCCAGGGGGCUCAGUAAAAGACCAGCUGAAGGCCUACGGUGCCCUGACUGAGAGUGUGACCCGUAAAUACACACGGCAGAUCCUAGAAGGCGUCUCCUACCUGCACAGCAACAUGAUUGUGCAUCGAGACAUCAAAGGAGCCAACAUCCUCCGCGAUUCUGCUGGGAAUGUGAAGCUUGGGGAUUUUGGGGCCAGCAAACGACUGCAGACCAUCUGUAUGUCAGGCACAGGGAUUCGAUCCGUCACAGGCACGCCAUAUUGGAUGAGCCCAGAGGUGAUCAGUGGAGAAGGCUAUGGAAGGAAAGCAGAUGUGUGGAGCUUGGGCUGCACCGUAGUAGAGAUGUUGACAGAGAAGCCUCCCUGGGCAGAGUAUGAGGCAAUGGCUGCCAUUUUCAAAAUUGCCACCCAGCCCACCAACCCCCAGCUCCCCUCACACAUCUCUGAGCAUGGCCGGGACUUCCUGCGGCGGAUCUUUGUGGAGGCCCGCCAGAGACCUUCAGCUGAGGAGCUGCUCACACACCACUUUGCACAGCUCGUGUACUGAACUUUUGCAUCCAUGCUGAUGUGGGACCGUGGCUCCCUUGGGGAGGGGUCGUGAGAGGGACUCGGUGAGGUCGCUGCUUCUCCCUUCCAGGUCUACAUGCCCCAGAGCUGCAGGCCAUCCUUCCUUCUGUCCGUCUGUUACUCCCUUUCUCCUGGGCAGCUGCAGAGCCAGAAGGAGGUGUCCGUGGCCGCAGGCUCCUGUCAGACUGGAGGGAUCCGGAUGUUCUGUGCUCAGAGAGAGGCGGGAAUAUCUGUGUGGCUCUGGCCUCGGGAGCUCCUGGGGUUUCUUCCCCCAGCCCUCCGCCUUCCCUCCGAGCUAUGUUCACUUGCUCUGUGUUUGGCACCAGAGUUCCCGGCGGUGCUGAGGACACACUGGCUUGGAAGGAUGUGAAUAGUGUUAUUUUUAUUCAGAGUGUUAUCUCGUUUCCUCUCCCAGUGUCUGGAGACACCAGUGGACAUUCCCCCAAGCCCAUUUGGGCUCCAGCAAAGAGCAGUAUGGGGGUCCUGGGCGAAGUCCACUGUUCCUCCAGCCAGUGGGUGGUGGAGGCUGGUGCUGCCCCUGGCCCUGGGAGGGCUCUGUACCAGGUUUGCCAAUCCCACUCCUUUACCAAAGAUGGACAAAUGCUGUGCUGCCUUAUUCAGGGAGAGGGGAUGCCUACCUUGCCCUGUGAUGAACACCUCUGCACCUCCUCCCCAGGGUUCAAGAGAAGGAGCUGCUGCAGGGAAAGAGAGGGAUGUGUAGGAAAGAUGGCACAAUUUUUAUCAAUGCAAUCGUUUCUGUUUUACAAGGCAGGGUGGGCUCCUCUCACCAUGUUUCCAGACUAGUGCCCACUCCUGCCUCCCCCCACCUGCCCCCGGAGCUGCUAUGAAGCAGAGAUUCAGAGUUUAGGUUGGAAAUUGGCAGGAACCAAAAAUGUGUGCUGGCAGCCUCCUCUGAGAGGCUCCACGCAUUCCCUUUUCUGCUCAAGGGCAGGGGGUAGCUCAGUAGGGUCACGCUAACUUGCCUUGCAAAGCCCCCUGAGGGGAGCUGGUCAGCAAACCUAGGAAGAAUUUAGAUCCAGGAUGAAAAUGGAUAGUGGCCCCGCCAGGAGAGAGCCACCUCCGCCUGGUGUAUGGUAGGGCCCAGAUGCUGCUGCCAUCUGUGCUUAAGACCAUUGGCACCCCGACAGGCCCCAGCCAUUGCCAUGAAGUGACCCUCGGCUCCUCCUGCUUCUUCCCUGGCCUCGAGGGGUCAGAGCAGGGAUGGGGACAGGAGGGUAACAUCUCUGAGCAGCUUAACGCAGCUGUAAAUACCUCAGCCUGGGUCUUGUCCCUUCUCCACUCCCUUCCAAAUGUGCCUAAUGCUAAAGCCCCUCCCUUGACACCCACAUUCCUUAGAAUUUGUCAUUGAAUCAGAAGGGGAAAAGUGCCAGGUGAUGGGGCCUGUGUCCGGGGACAGACGGGGUGUUAGCAGUAGGCGGCUCAGUGCCCAGCCAUGCCUGGCUCCCCACAGGCACUGUAACGACCCAAAGCCUUUGUUGUAUGUUGACGAUGCACUUUUAUGAAUGUAGUUUCUAUCGCUCUUUUUAGCCUUUUCACAUCAUGUAAUGUGAGGCCUUGUACUUGUUAAUUUAUAUCUCAGAUCAUAUUUGAUGGUUUUUAUAUAUAGCGAUUCUAGACUGUUACAGGUGACUGUUGCCUCAAGGGAGAGAAGAGAAACGAAAGCAGCUGGUUUUGCAGAGAAAUUUGCUGGUGGUUUGUGCCAGAUGGUGCCUAUGGGGCCUGGGCCUCUCUCUGUUUCCCUCCCUUUGUGUCUCCUGGGACUCUUGUCCUGACCUCUGGGACUAGUAAGAUAUAUGAUACCUCCCUCCUCUGACCAACAUCACCAUCACCGCCGCUGCCGCAGCCACCUCUACCCCUUGUCUCUGCCCUCUCCCGAGGCUUGGCCUGGGGACCCUCAUUCUGACCAAAGCUACUUCCUGGUAGCUUGGCUUCUCCCCCCCCCCCCAUUCCAUAAAAAGCCUCCCAUGAGGUGAAUUCCCUGCAGUGAGCCCUCCUCGCCAUGCCCCCUGGGCCCCCCAAACAAAAAUCCUUCCCAGCCUAUCUCUAGCCUUUUAUCCAACACUCCUUGGGAGGAAACAGAACUCGGGCACUGGCAUUGGCGAGACGAUUCUGCAUAUUCCAGGUUCAGACUCUCUCUGGGGUUCUAUACCAACCCCACAGUAGAUACCUAACAGAAAACCCUUUAAAAAAUUGUUUUUAAUAAACCCUCAACCCCCCCCCAAAAAAAAACAACCCCAAGACAACACUUGAUAUUCUGUGCCAAAAACUGUGGAUGUGCUAGCCCAACAGCCUCAGGAUUGAGCUAUUGCUUAAUUUAUUUUUUUUAUUAAAUUAUCCAGAUGAAAAGCUGGGGGCACAGGACUUCCCUGAGCCCUAGGAGUAUCAGGUGCCCUCUGCCCCUUAGCCCCAGCCACCAAAGAGCUGGGGCAGCUUCAUCGCAGAGUGCCACUGUUAUCUCAUCAUUCAAUCUAGCCUUCCUGCUUGGGACUGCCAGCAGAGGCCCAGGACUGAGGCUGGUUCUUGGUCACCCUCCUGUGCACACAUUUGAGGAGGUGCCAAGUGUCUGAAUGUGGAUUGUGCAGAAGAACUUGCAGCCAUAGUUUAUUUUGACUAUAUCCCGACUGAGGGCUUGCAGUGCAAAGCCAGGCCAGUGUAGCGCGUUACUUACAAUAAAAGGAUCAUUUAUACAA